AUGCACCAUUCCCUCCCAUUGUCUUAUGCGCAUGCACCAUUCCCUCCCAAUGUCCCACACACAAUCAAAUGCACUCUCACUCGCAUCUUCCCACCUGCACUCACGUCGUCCCCGUCGCCCUACACCACCUCAACCCCCCUCUCCCUCCCACCACCAGCGAUCCACAGCGUGCAAGCCACUGUGUCAUUUGACCACCCGAAGCUGUCGGGAAGCCAGCAAUUGGCGGCAUUCACGACCUGCACCUACAUGCCCUCCCCACCCCUGUCCCCCACACUCACUCCCUCGCACCACCAGCAAACCACUGUGUCAUUUGACCAUCCAAAACUGUCGGGAAGUCGCCAGCUGGCAGAGGCGGUGGCUGAGGUGGCAGCGCUCACGGGGGAGAACGUGCGCCUGCGCCGAGCCUUCCUGCUUCCCGAGCCUCGGCCGACUGGCUCGGUGGCCACAUACCUGCACAGCAGCCCCGGGGCUGGCUUGGGGCGGAUAGCCAGUCUUGUCUCCCUCUCUCUUUCUCAACCAUCUGGUAACAGCAGCAGCAGCAGCAGCAGCAGCGGGGGAGGGAGCAGAGAAGAAACCGUAUCAGAGGCAGCAGCAGCGGAGGAUGCAGGAGGAGGGGGGGAAGGAGCGGCAGAGGCAGCAGCGGCGGUGGGGGAAGGAGUGGCGAUGCAUGUGGUGGCGAUGAGGCCGCUGUACUUGAGGCGAGAGGACGUGCCAGGGGAGGUGGUGGAGAAGGAGAGUGAUGUGCUGCGAGCCCAGGCUGUGGCAGCGGGCAAGGCAGCAAGCGUGGUGGAGAAGAUGGUGGCGGGGCGGCUGGGGAAGUUCUAUGGGGAGGUGGUGUUGAUGGAGCAGGCGUAUGCCAUGGAUGAUAAGAGAACAGUGCAGAAAAUGUUAGCAGAAGCUUCUAAGAAGGCGGGAGCAACGAUCCAAGUGGAGCAGUUCUUACGGCUGGAGGUUGGGGAAGGCAUUGAAAGGGAGUCCAAGGACUUCGCAUCUGAGGUGGCAUCACAGGUGGCCUCGUCCUCGUGA